AGCACAGUUGGAGAGAAUCGAUGUCUUCAAGGGCACCUGAUACAGCUGCUGAUCCGUUACUGUGAUGUGGACGCGGCGGCGAGAUGGGCGCAACGCUACAGUUUGCCCAAGGAGAUGCUACCUUGUGAAGUGGCUGAUGAGCUUCAAAAGCUUCGGAUCCAGGAGAGGGUAGAAGAGGCUGCAAAAGCGGAUAAUUAUGAAGAGAGUAAGAAGAAGGACUAUUACCAGCUUCCUAUUCCACGGGCAAAUAUUCACUUCCUGCAGACGUGGGAAGAGGCACUGCAGUGCUGGGAAAGGGUGCUGCGGCCUGGGCAGGUUGUUGGCAUUGACAUGGAGUGGAGGCCUUCAUUCGGCAUGGUUGGGAAGCCUCGUGUCGCACUCCUUCAGAUCGCUCUGAAGGAUGAGGUGUUCCUGCUUGACUUGCCACGGCUCCUCAAGGAAGAUGAGGCGGAGAGGGAGAAGGAGAAGCUUCCCCGUUUCAUCCAGAGGCUCUAUGCAGAUGCAGCCAUCACUAAACUAGGUUAUGGGAUGUCUGGAGACCUUAGCAGCCUUGCGGCCACAUGUUCUGCUUUGAAAGACAUGGAUAAGCAAGCGCAAGGUGUGGUGGACCUGCUCACAGUAGACAAACAACUGCAGAAGAGCUCCGUUGACUGGAAGAAGGGUGGCCGGGAGGUCGAUGUACUGUCCUCGGAGCAGAGCUACAAGGAGAGAGGGUUCAGGCAGCCGGAGAAAGGGCUCAGCCUCUUGGUGCAACAUGUGCUGGGAAAACCUCUAGAUAAAACAGAGCAGCUGUCCAACUGGGAGAAACGGCCGCUCCGGGAGGAACAGAUCCUCUAUGCAGCUUCAGAUGCAUACUGUUUGCUGGAGAUCUACGAGAAACUCUGCAAGGAUCCAGCGAGCUUUGGUCUGAGUUCAGACCUGACUGAGAGUCUGGUGGGAAAACCAAGCGUAAAACCCAGGGCAAAGAAGCAGCCGAACAAAGGAGAAGUACCAUCCCCUCCUGGACAGCAAUGCAGGGGAUCUGACAAGGAGACCUCGUGUGUCCCCACUCCCAUCUCGCCAAAGGAGUUCAGCGUGGUCUGCGACAACAUGCUGCAGGGCCUCGGGCGCUACCUUCGCUGCCUUGGUGUGGAUGUCCGCAUGCUGGAGAACGAGGAUGACCAUAGGAAAGCUGCUGAGAUUGCCCGACAGGAAGGAAGAGUCAUUUUAACCUCUGGACUCCCAUAUCAGACUCUGCAGUCCCAGGUAGCAGAAGGAAGGUGUUUCUCUGUGAACUGCUCAGAAAAGGCAAAAGAACAGGCCCUGCAGGUUCUGAAGCACUUCAACGUUCAAGUGUCCCUGGCAGAUAUCUUCAGCCGCUGCCAG